CCUCUUUCUCGUCAAUUCAUCCAGACAUGGCGUCUCGGCGGUUGGCUUUUAACCUCUCUCGGGGGCUUCGCUUUCGCGCUCCCAUCCGGCCUCUGCAGUCGUUGAGAACCUUUGCGACUCCCACCCGGGGCAGGACGGAGACUACCACCCUUUCCAACGGCCUGACGAUCGCCACGGAGCACUCUCCUUACGCGCAGACCUCGACCGUUGGUGUCUGGAUUGAUGCUGGUAGCCGGGCCGAGACCGACAAGACCAAUGGAACCGCUCAUUUCCUUGAGCACCUGGCCUUCAAGGGCACCGCGAACCGCAGCCAGCACCAAUUGGAGUUGGAGAUUGAGAACAUGGGUGGCCACCUGAACGCCUACACUUCGCGAGAAAACACCGUCUACUACGCCAAGGCCUUCAACUCGGACGUUCCCAAGACUGUCGACAUUCUGUCCGACAUUCUGCAGAACUCCAAGCUUGAGCCCAGUGCCAUCGAGCGUGAGCGCGAUGUCAUCCUGCGUGAGCAGGAGGAGGUUGACAAGCAACUCGAGGAGGUCGUCUUUGACCACCUUCACGCUACCGCUUUCCAGGGCCAACCCCUCGGCCGUACCAUCCUCGGUCCCAAGGAGAACAUUGCCAGCAUCCAGCGCGAUGAGUUGGCCAGCUACAUCAAGCAGAACUACACUGCUGACCGCAUGGUCCUCGUCGGUGCCGGUGGUGUCCCCCACGAGCAGCUCGUCGACCUCGCCGAGAAGCACUUCUCUAAGCUGCCCUCGACGAGCUUCAGCACUUCCGUUGCGUCCAAGCAGAAGCCUGACUUUAUUGGCUCCGAGGUCCGCAUUCGGGACGACACUAUCCCCACCGCCAACAUUGCCAUUGCCGUUGAGGGUGUCAGCUGGAAGGACGAGGACUACUUCACCGCCCUGGUCACUCAGGCCAUCGUCGGCAACUGGGACCGCACUAUGGGCAACGCUCCCUACCUUGGCAGCAAGCUCAGCAGCUUCGUUCACCAGCACAACCUCGCCAACAGCUUCAUGAGCUUCUCCACCAGCUACAGCGACACUGGUCUCUGGGGUAUCUACCUCGUGACCGACAACCUGACCAACAUUGACGACCUUGUCCACUUCACCCUCCGUGAGUGGUCUCGUCUUUCUUUCAACGUCAGCGAGGCCGAAACCGAGCGUGCCAAGGCUCAGCUCAAGGCUUCCAUGCUCCUCUCUCUUGACGGCACCACCGCCGUUGCCGAGGACAUUGGCCGCCAGAUUGUCACCACUGGCCGCCACUUGAGCCCCGAGGAGGUUGAGCGCACCAUCAACAAGAUCACCGAGAAGGACGUCAUGGCCUUUGCCCAGAAGAAGCUCUGGGACCAGGACAUUGCCAUCAGCGCCGUCGGUUCCAUUGAGGGUCUGCUCGACUACCAGCGUAUCCGCAACGACAUGUCUCGCAAUGCUUAAAUGACCAUAACGGGGCAUGUUGUCUGGGUGGUGUCUGUGUGAGAGAGAGAAAGAGAAGAGUUGGAGCGUUGAAAGCUGUAAUUUUUCCACUGCGUUUUUACCCCCCUCCAGUUCCAUGGCUGUUGUCUCUUCCUUUGGCUUUCAAAACGGGUUGUGUGGUUGUAAAGUCAUUAGGACGAUCAGCGGAGAUCAUGGUUCUCUGUAAAGCUCAAAGUCGGGGGUUUCAAGCCCGAUUUCGAUAGAUUUGGAAUGUUUUUAUUUUAAAGAUGCAGUAGUUUUUCGAAGAGAGUGUGUUGUAGCUACCUUGUACACUUAUACAAAACUCUGUUAUUUGUCUCUAGAUUGUUUGUUCUUCCCAAUGCAUAUGUGACCUAUUUGCAUAUUACUUGUUGUUACUGCUCUUACAGACCACAAUGAACAAGUAGAAUUGAUAGUAUGGUUCUUCUAUCUACUAUAUACCUUAUCUACAUCCCGCAAUAAAGAGACCACAUCCUC